AUGAUUAGUCCUAUUCUAGUUGGCAUCACUUGCAUUUUCGCACAAGUUGCGGCCCAGUGGACUUGCGGCGGGUCCAGCUAUACUCCAGGUUCGGUCAACUUCACACAGACGUGCUACGACGCUGUGCAGAAAUGCAUCAACCAAUUCGCUGUGAAUGCCAGCCUGGUAGAUUGCCAAGAUUCGGCAGGCAACCUCUACAUGCAGCAACAGGCAUCUGGGGGCAGCAACAGCGACUAUACGAGUGCCUUUGAAGACAUUCUUGAGUUUUGUCUCCUUGACGGAUGGACGACGGGCACCUGGGAUGAUGGGAGUGAUGGGCAAUGGUACUGGAUGGCAGCCGAGGCUAGGUGCUACUCAGCAAGCGGAAUCAUUGGGACGACUGGCCCUGGAUUCUGUAUUCAAGACCGGACGGACACGGUUCUCAAUGGCUGUUACCCUCAGCCUGAAGCCAACUCUGGCGCACUGCAAGUUCCGCGUACGACGAAGACUCCCAACGGCUUUACUUCAUCCGGCCGCGGAUGGAACUCGUGGGGAAUCCAAGCGCUCUCUAGUCCCACGUCAGUCAUACCAGACUGGACAGGCCUGAAUCAAAAGAGUGUUCUUGACCAGUGCAGCGUGCUCGCUGGGUCUAAUUUUCGCGCAAUGGGCUACGACCUUUGCAGCUUGGAUGCAGGAUGGUCUACGAAUGACGUCGAUGAGCACGGGCGCAUUCAAUACAACGAUGAACUAUUCGACCUACCACAGCUCGCGCAGCAGCUUCAUGGGAUGGGACUGAAGCUGGGUGUGUACGUGAUCCCUGGAGUCCCCUGUGGUGCGGCUAACCACACAAUCAAGGGCACGAAUAUUCAUAUCAGGGAGGUGCUAAAUGGUAAUAAUGACGGGCUUGAUUACUGCGACUGGGACUUUUCAAAGGAUGGGGUGCAGCAGUGGCACGACUCCUUGAUCGAACUCUGGACAUCCUGGGGCGUGGACAUGAUCAAGCUUGACUUCGUCACACCGGGGAGCCCGUGGAAUGGGGCGAACCUGAUGUGCAACACCAGUCCAGUAGCUGAGGCCUACCAUAAGGCGAUCCGAAAUUCUGGUGCCCAAGUCCGGCUGGACCUCUCGUGGAAGCUGUGUCGCAACGAGACAUAUUUGCCUGUAUGGAGCUCCCUUGCGGAGUCAAUGCGGACGGAUCAGGAUAUCAACAAUUACGGAACCAAUACCUUCCUUGCCUGGCAAGUGGUCCAACGCGCAAUUGACAACUACCGCCAGUACAUCUCGCUGCAGAAGCAGCGAAAUGUUCCUAUCACAAUCCACCCAGAUAUGGACAAUCUGUUUGCAUGCAACCCGCAGAACCUGACGGGUGUGAGUGAUAAGGAGCGUGUCACCGUCAUGAACCAUUGGCUUGGCGCAGGCGCCAAUCUGGUUCUUGGGUGUGAUCUACGCCACAUCGAUGAAUUGGGCAUGAAACUGCUCACAUCCACUCAAAGCGUAGCAUUCGCCAACUUUGCCGCCCAAAAUCCGAUGCAACCGCGGAACCCGGGGACAGGUAACAAUCUGGCGCAGCAACUGCAAGCUUGGAUAGGCGGUCCAGAUGAGACGGACAAGGCCUAUAUUUUACUCGUCAAUUACGGACCAGAUCAGGGCAGUGGAGGUUUCGGCGAGACGGUUGCCAUCGACACUAAGAGUUCGUCUCUAGUCCUCUCCGCCGCCAGCAACAAAUUCACUAGACCUCACCGCCCAGGUUAG